AUGUCGGGAUUGGACUCAGUGGAUUUAUCCACUGCAAAUGCAGUGGCUGCAGGAACUAACAAGUCUACUAAGAGAAUCGUGGCUUAUGGUAUUGGAGGAAAGCUGAUGGGAACUAAAUCUAUGACAGAUGUGACAGCUGAAGAGUUGAGCAAAGAUUCGGUGGCGGAAAUGCUUGCUAAGGACAAGAAGAUCAAGGAGAAAUACGCCAAGCAGAAGCACAUCAGUGAGCAACCUUGGACCCUUGAAAACUGGCACAAGCACAUCAAUUGGUUGAACUUCAUCCUUGUCUUGGCUGUGCCUGUGGGAGGAUUGGUUUCCACAAGAUGGGUUCCAUUGACUUGGAACACAUUCGUCACCGCCAUCAUUCUCUACUGCUUUGGCGGUCUCUCCAUCACCGCCGGAUACCACAGACACUGGGCUCACAGAGCCUACGAUUGCAAAGCUCCUUUGAAGAUCUUCUUUGCUCUUUUUGGUGCCUCUGCCAUUGAAGGUUCCAUCAAGAUGUGGGGACACCAACACAGAGUCCACCACAGAUACACAGACACACCAAGAGAUCCAUAUGAUGCCAAGAGAGGUUUUUGGUACUCCCACAUGGGAUGGAUGCUUCUUGUUCCAAACCCAAGAUACAAGGCAAGAGCCGACAUUAGCGAUCUUCUAGACGACUGGGUGGUGAGAGCGCAACACAGACACUACUUGUUGUUGAUGGUGUUCAUGGCUUUCUUUUUCCCAGCCAUCCUGACUCACUACUUGUUUAACGACUUCUGGGGAGGAUUCAUUUACGCUGGAUUGCUCAGAGCCGCCUUCAUUCAACAAGCUACUUUCUGUGUGAACUCUCUUGCUCACUGGAUUGGAGAGCAACCAUUUGACGACAGAAGAACCCCAAGAGACCACAUCUUGACCGCUCUGGUUACUUUCGGAGAAGGCUACCACAACUUCCACCACGAGUUCCCUUCGGACUACAGAAACGCUCUGAAGUGGUACCAAUACGACCCAACCAAGGUUGUCAUUUACUGCAUGUCGAAGGUCGGCUUGGCCUUCAACCUCAAGAAAUUCUCUCAGAACGCCAUUGACCAGGGAAUUUUGCAACAGCAACAAAAGAAGAUCGACAGAAUGAGAGCCAAGCUCAACUGGGGUCCUCAGUUGAGCGAGCUUCCAGUGUGGGACAAGUCCACUUUCUUCGAGAAGGCCAAGGAGCAAAAGGGACUCGUGAUCAUCUCUGGUAUUGUUCACGAUUGUGCCAACUUCUUGACCGAACAUCCUGGUGGACAGGCCUUGCUGAGAACGUCUUUUGGUAAGGAUGCUACUAUGGCAUUCAAUGGAGGUGUUUACGCACACUCCAAUGCAGCACACAACAUGUUGGCCACUUUGAGAGUCGCUGUCAUCAGAGACGGCGGGGCCAAUGGAGACACUUUCGAUGCGCAGUUACGAUUUAUUAAGUUUAUUUAUGACUUGUCAUCCAUGAUGAACUCGCGGUUAUUUUACAAGUCCAGUACUUAUGACCCGUCUACGGAGCUUCCUCUUUAUAUUCUGGACACUUCGUUUGUUCCUGCCAUUUCGAAUGAUCAACAGUUGGCGCAAUUGACGGAACAGCUUGUUUCCCAGAUGCCUUCUGAAGAAUACUGUUUAGUUUUGUUGGCUUCGGGAUUCAGCGACUAUGAUAACAUCCAGGCCAGUUCUCUCAAGAUUCCCUUGAACCUGGUGAGGUUUUUCAAGCUCAUUCCGGCACAGAAAAAGAGAUACCUACUGAAAGUGUACUUAGUUCAUGGUGGUAACUGGAUCAUGAAGUCCGUGGUGGACUUUUUCAAAACUUUUUGGGGAUUCAGCAAGGAUAUUGUUCAUUGCGAAAACUUGACUGUUUUGGCUCAGAACAUCGACAUCACCGCGAUCCCGAUAUCGCUGGCCAAUUAUUUGAUGGAUCAGAUUGUUUACAAAAACGAUCGGAUCAUUAUCAACAGACAUUUACCCAAAAUGUUUGGCGAACCUUUAACAAUGUCGAACCAACUAGCAUUCAAACAGUUUUCCAAAAUAUACAACAACCUGUGGUCUUAUAUGACGACCAACGAUCUAGACAAACCUCUUACAUCGAGCGAGUGGUUGACAAUCAUUAGAGGAGGAGAACUGGACGCUGAUGUAUUGAUGACAGUGAACAUCUUUAGUGACGCAUUGAAACGGGACCAGCGACUGUGUCUAUCAGACUUCUCAUUCCUCGAGCAUUACCUGAUCAUGGAAAAGUUCCUGGUCCAAUUGAGUGAGUCUGCGCAGCCAUUGUUCCCAAUAAAUGUUUUAACCAAAUACAAUUACGACUUUUCAAGAAUCGAAGAUUUGAACACUGCAUUCGGAGAACUGUUAGCAUUUAAGUAUGCGGUUUCGGACCGUGCUCCGCUGCAAUCGAUCAACAACGCCAGUCCAAUGUUCAGUGUCCAGCGAGUGAACUACGACAACAGCUACGUUCUCGUUAAGCUGGUGGCAUUGAUGAAAAAGCUUUCUGUCAAGCUUUCGCAGGAGAUCACCGAACCUCAUGCGAAGAAUCACGACCAGAUGAGAGAAAGACAGCAUCUUCGACUGGUCUUGUCCUUAACCAAGAUUCUAUACAACGAGCAUAACAAUCAGGAGCUUGAGAAUGGAUUCGACACUUUGUUCAAGUUCUUGUGUGCAUUACUGGACAACUACGACAAAAUCGUUGUUCAAGGAAACUCAAUGAAGAGUUUUGAAAAACUCAUUAGCAUGGACGAUAUACUGAACUUUGAAAAGAAAGGGGUCACAGAUAGCCCUAUGGAGCGCAAGAUCGAGUACAAGAUCCGCAAAUCUGUGCCUCCAACCCCACCUGUUGCUCGGAAAAACAUAGGUCGGGUGGAAGAAGUCGAGCCAGAAACCAGUCUGGACGACUUUCUGUUUGAUUCGCACAAGCCCUCCGUCAGUCAGCGUCUGAGAAACGAGGUGUUGAGACCGUCUGACCAGCUGACGUCCAAACUUGUGAAAUAUACCGAGAAAGACCUGCUUUUCCAGCAAAGCCAGGAACAAGCAAGAAAAACAUCAGGCAGGUUCCGCCAGGCCCGCGGCCGCAACGUGAGCAGACUGACCAAAAUGUACGAGCAGAGACUAUUAGACACUAUGGUCUUUCUUUGGGAGAUACAAUGGACCAGUGACCACUCUGAUGGAUUGGUAGCCACCAGUCAGUCUUCUGACAAAGUCCUCGAAAUGGGCCCAGUAAUCUCUGUUAAAGCCUGCACCGACCUGGGGAGACAUGUUGGUGAGGUAGAAUGUCUCGUCCAUGGCGGCUUGGGAAAACUUUGCGUCUGCUGCAGGGGCCUGGUGGCCUCUGUCGUAGCCGGAACGGAAAUAGUCCUUCAACAGGGCCCGGAACUUGAUUGGGAUCUGCUCGUCUUCCUUGAACACGGAGUUCUUACGGUCUCCGCCGCCGUUAGGGUCGCGUUUCAGAGACUCUGGAGUGAUGUGUUCAACCACGUAAGUGUAGAAAUAAUACCUGAAAAAUAUUUGAAGACCUCUGCGUUCGUUCUGGCUGGUCAAAUGAGGAAGUGGAUAGCCGGGGUAGGCCGAUAUCCCGCGAUGGGGAUCCUGGACAAGGGACCGGUACGCGGGAUAGGCAAGACCAGACACUACUGGACAGCGGUAUAUACGCAACGGGAGAAGGAGUCCUUUGAUUUUAUUUCAACCCAGACAGAGCUCUGGGCUGCGAACAAACAAACAGCCAGUCGGUCCAAGAUCAACAGAGAGCUGAAAAGCCUUCCGAAUAAACACGAUCUGGUGGGAUAUCUGGCGCGUAACGACAAAGCAACACAGGCGAACACACUGCUAUCUCUCAUGCCUAUGAGCUUCAUCUUGCCCAACCUUGCAAACUUGUACAUAUCCGAUGGUCUGCAGCCCACCGAGGCACAACAAAUCAUCGUAAAAGACCGCAUACAGCCGCUCGUGAAACGGAUCCUCAAACACACCGAUUACCAGAAGUUUCACAGAGUCGACUACAACGACCCCAUUCUUGCAACAACAGUUAUAUAUCACAUGGCUAUCACUCUGAACAUGCCCAAUCUAGCAUCGCAAAUCAUUCGCCAAACAUUGUCCAUAGCACAGAGAACAGAGAUGAAGCCGUAUCUGCCAUUAUUGAGUAUUCACAGCAUCUCGUCAUACGUCGACCUAAUUAGCAUCAAGAACCCAACGUCCGACUUGAAAGACCUCCAGGACCUGUUCAAGACCGUCACCCUCUACGACAUGGCCAUCACAAAGUUCAAUAAUACACAGAUAAAACAAUUGGCAUUGUAUACGUUCUCACCAUCGCAGGUCUCGGCUAUACUGGAGAAAGCUGGAACAUAUAGAUUGCACCACUUCCAUGAGGUUGCGGAACUUGUCAUUCGCGAACUGGGAAUUAAGCUAUCCAGCAUGGGAGAUCUUUUUGGAAGCUAUUCUGCGGACAUGGAAAUGAAAACCAUCACGGAAAUCACCCACCAGCGAUCCGUGGAUGAGUACCUCGAAUUCUGCUACCGAUACAUUGACAAACACACAACGUCAAAAGACGCCGCCACGGUGUAUUCAGUUUGGUCUGUGAUCGCACCGUUCCAUACAAAAAUGUACAACUCGGCAACAAACGCUACCAACAAUAACGCACAGAACGGAUACUUCUACUAUAGGACGCUGGCCAGGGUGAUUUCAUGUUUUUCCAAGAACAAACGGUACCGGUCGGUGGUGAACGACAUAGUGGUGAACCUUCCGAUUGAGGCCAUCAAGGUCUCGCCUGAGCUUAUGACUGCGCUGAUUUACCACGGAGCAAGGACCAAGAACUUCAAUCUGGGUAACGUUUUAAUGAGCCAAUACUCGGACAACACACUGGGACUGCCAACACGGUUCUCUCCCAACCAGCUGAGUGCGUUGCUCACGCUGUCGCUGCGGGAGAAUAAUUAUGAGAAAGCACAGGAGAUUUUGAAGUUUGCCAAGGAUAACUUAAUCCGGUUCAGCUCCUUUGAGUUCAACGAGCUUGUUCGUGCUGCGCUUGCUACCAAGGGAAGUGAGGACUCCGCAUGGCGGAUGAUCAUGGCGGCGAAUCCCCAUACAGCCCGGUACGCAUACAACUCGUACGUCACAUACAUGCUCGACCACAGCCGGCUGGAUUUCGACAAGCUGCAGUACAUGCAUUCACGAGCAGUAGCUUCUGUCGACCACACAGACCAGAACUUUUGGAAUUACUGGAACGCCAACUACUUCAAAUACAUCAACAGAAAGUACGGGGCCACUGUCGCAAAGGAGAUAUUCUCGCGGUGCCUCGAUUCGAACCAUGUGUUUGACAAUCUGGGAUUAUACAAGUACCACCCCAACCCGUACUUGACGCGACAUGAUAAAGUGUGCUUCCCUAUUGCAAUGGGUGCACGUCAGGUAGUUCUACGGGAUAUAUUCCAGCAUGCGCUGUCGGCAUACAAGAAAGCGGUUGCCACUUCUGGGUCUUUUGAGCACGAAAAAGCCUUGGUUCAAGAGAUCAGUUUCUGGUGCUACCAGGAGCUGUUGAGGACGGGUCUUGACCACGUGACCGUGUCGAUGGACCUUUUGAAAACGAUCAGCAACAAACAUAGAAAGCUCCGGGCAAAGCAUGUGCCGACGCAGGCAUCGUUUGAAGCCAACUUCAUAAACAACUUGGAGCAAUACGAAGCACAAUGGAAAUAG